GGAACAAUACUGGCGCGUUGGGGAGGAGCCGCGCGGACUGGUGAGCGAGAGGAGCGAGCCGAGUGGGUGACGGUGGUGGUCGGCUGGCCGGUCGGUCGGUCGGUGCGGGAGGCCCCUCUACCCCCGUACGCCAGGUUAAAGCCAGUCAGAAAGGCUAUUAUCAGUGGAUGCAAAUUGAUGUUUUCUGGAUAUAGUGGAUGGAGCAUUAAAAGAUACUUUGAAUAAUUCACCUCAGGAAUCUUUAAAGAAUCUGCUGAUGUCAUUGAGCAGUACAAGUAGUAGUCUUUCUUUUGAAGAACAGCAUUACUAAUUUUUGGAAAUGGUAAGAGUAGUUUCAGGGACUUCUGAUUAAGCAAGCAACUAUUGAUAAAUACUUCAUUUGGAGAAUCCAUUUUCACUUGAAGAACAUCCAUAAUUUUUGAAUUUCAUCACCUGAUGUCUACAUAAAGGGCAAAACAUCUUGCAUGUUUUGCAUUAAUAACAAUAGAGAAAAUGAGCGCUGAUGGCUAUCAGUAUAGAGCUUUGUACGAAUACAAAAAAGAGCGUGAAGAAGACAUUGAUUUGCAUACUGGUGAUAUACUGAUUGUCACCAAAAGUACUCUGUUAGCCCUGGGUUUCAGCGAGGGAGACGAGACGAGACCAGAGGAGAUUGGCUGGCUCACGGGCAUAAAUGAAACCACGCAAGAAAGGGGUGACUUUCCAGGAACCUAUGUAGAGUUUUAUGGUCGCAGGAAGAUUUCUCCGCCGACACCCAAGCCACGUCCUCCCAGGCCGUUGCCUGUGGCUCCAAAUCCAUCAAGACCGGAAGAUGCUGACCAGCAAGGUCCUGUUCUACCAGAUUUAACAGAGCAGUUCUCUCCUCCAAGUCUCGCUCCAGCAAUCCUUGUGAAGUUAAUAGAAGCUAUUGAAAGAACCGGUCUUGAGAGCGUCAAUUUAUACCGGACUUCUGGUUCGUGUGGUGGUGCUGAAUUAAAGCAGUUGUUGGAUUAUGAUGUAGCUUCAGUGGACGUUGAACAGUUUGAUCUGCCGUCGCUAACUGAGGCAUUAAGGCAAUAUCUCCAGGAAUUACCAAGCCCUGUCAUUCCUACAUCCAUCUACAGUGAUAUGGUUUAUAUAGCUCAAGAAGUACUCAAUACAGAGGAGUGUGCACAGUUGCUGAGGAGAGCUAUCCGGUCCCAUAAUGUGCCUCAGCAGUAUUGGCUUACUCUUCAUUAUUUGAUCAAGCACUUCUGCAAACUUUGUCAAAGUUCUGGGAAGAACAACCUGACUGCACGAACCUUGGCGGAAAUUUUCAGUCCUCUGCUUUUUAGGCAACAAGCAGUAAGUUCGGAUAUAAAUCCUGAAUAUCUCACAAAAAUUAUAGAAGUACUUAUAGCCAGUGAAUGCCACGAAACCCAGACUGCACAAGCACCGGCACCAGCUUUGCCUCCAAAACCACCAAAAGCUACACCUGUAACUAAUAACGGAAUAAGCAGUAACAUGUCUCUACAAGAUGCUGAAUGGUACUGGGGAGACAUUUCAAGGGAGGAGGUCAAUGAAAAACUACGUGAUACUGCUGAUGGUACCUUCUUAGUCCGUGAUGCAUCUACGAAAAUGCAUGGUGACUACACCCUUACCUUGAGAAAAGGGGGCAACAAUAAGUUGAUCAAAAUUUUUCAUCGAGAUGGAAAAUAUGGCUUCUCCGACCCAUUGACUUUUAACUCAGUAGUGGAGCUUAUAAAUCACUAUCGUCAUGAAUCGUUGGCACAAUACAACCCAAAGCUAGAUGUUAAACUAUUAUAUCCUGUGUCCAAGUUCCAGCAGGAUCAGGUGGUAAAAGAGGAUAACAUUGAUGCAGUGGGCAAGAAACUACACGAGUAUCAUACUCAGUACCAGGAGAAAAGCAGGGAAUAUGACCGACUUUAUGAAGAAUGUACACGAACAUCUCAAGAAAUUCAAAUGAAAAGGACAGCUAUUGAAGCAUUUAAUGAAACAAUCAAAAUAUUUGAGGAGCAGUGUCAAACACAGGAAAGGUACAGCAAGGAGUACAUUGAAAAAUUUAGGCGAGAAGGAAAUGAAAAGGAAAUCCAGAGGAUAAUGGUAAAUUAUGAAAAGCUGAAGUCUCGCAUCAGUGAAAUUGUUGACAGCAAACGAAGAUUGGAGGAAGAUUUGAAGAAACAAGCAGCUGAUUACAGGGAAAUUGACAAAAGGAUGAAUAGCAUCAAACCUGACCUAAUUCAGCUAAGGAAAACGAGAGACCAAUACCUAACGUGGUUGACACAAAAGGGAGUUCGACAGAAGAAGAUCAAUGAGUGGCUUGGCAUUAAGAAUGAGAAUGCUGAAGAUCAAUACUCUAUGGUGGAGGAUGAUGAAGAUCUACCUCAUCAUGAUGAACGAACAUGGAAUGUAGGCAGUAUUAACAGGACUCGGGCAGAGAGCCUACUGAGAGGAAAACGGGAUGGAACGUUCUUGGUCCGAGAAAGUAGCAAACCAGGCUGUUACGCAUGUUCAGUCGUGGUGGAUGGUGAUGUGAAACACUGUGUCAUAAAUAAAACUCCCACAGGAUAUGGAUUUGCAGAACCAUACAACUUGUACAGCUCACUUAGAGAACUGGUGCUACAUUAUCAGCAUACAUCACUUGUACAGCACAAUGACUCCCUUAAUGUCACACUAGCCUAUCCAGUAUAUGGCAAUCAGAGAAGAUGAAAGCUGAAGUCUUGGCUUUUUGACUGCUGGAUGGUCAUUGAAAUGGCUCCUACCACUUUGCUCUAAUUCAGUUUGAUUCCUGUUCGGGAAAUGAUGUGCAAAGUUGACUUGAGCUUUCCAGAGAGAGAGAGAGAGAGAGAAGUGACCGUGUUAGACCUCUGAAUAUAAAUUCCUAAUGUGCUUUUUUUUAAAGAAAGCACUUAUUAAUUGAGGACUGCAAAACUAUCUCCUUUUUGGGGAUGUUGGGGCCUGUUUUUAUUGGUGCUUGUUUACAUUCUUCAUAAGGAUUUACCAGUUGGAAUGUUGGAUACUGCAAAUCCAUGGAAAUAUAUUUAAAAAAACUGAAGCAGGAACAUCAGUGUUUUUAAAAAUCCAGUGACCUGUUUCUCUUCGAUCCAGAUCAAGAUAAUGUCAAAAUGGAAUAAUUCAGCAACAAAAGUGAACUUCACAUGUAGCAAGCUGGCACUUUGAACAUUUGUACCAAGUUUAUGAUGAAAAAGGGAAUGUUUUGUUCGGAGGGGUUCUGUACGCGUGAAUGGGACACUCUCAAACAGUGCCAGGUUUCUAGAGUUGAGGCAAUGUAAGCCUGUUUUAUUAACUGUUUAAAAUCUGAAGGAAAGGACUUCUACAAAAAUGGCACACCAUAUAUAAAACCAUUGUAUAUAUGUAUAUGGAAUAUCCCAUUCUGGGAUAGUUGGAUCAAGUAAAAAGAAAAGCUAUCAUCCUAAUCAUAGCAGAUUUUACAUUGUUUCUCCUAUUUUAAAGCUUUUUUUAAGAUAUUGCUAUGCAAGCCUGCAUAUUGCAUAUCAUAUUCUCAAGAGUACCCACAAUAUAAGCUUUGUUUUGUUGCCUAAAAGUGUUGUCAGUUUUUGCAAUGUUCUUUUGGUGUUUCCAGAACACGCAAGUUGUCUGUGAACGCAGCUUUGAGAACGUGGGAGGGGGGAACCGAAUGUGUUCUAAAUCACUGGUUAAUUCUAUCUGAAUAGCAAUUUGGCUAUUUAAAAUGCAAAUUUAGAAAACGAUUUCAAACUGUUUCCAAAAUGUAUUAUGUAGCUGGUUUAACCACGUUGUUUUCUCCUAACAAGCAACCAUAUUUCAUGUAUCUAGAAAACACUAAAGAAAUUUUCCUUUUCAAAAGGAAAACAAAAUCCCAAGUCUAAUGCUAACAAUAGCUUCAUGCUCCAGUUUUAAAAACUGGAAGUCUUUGAGUCACUCAGUUCUCCAUACCUUCUGCAGUUUUCAGGCUUUUAAACUUGCUACACUGAAAUAGCUUUUCUGAUUUGCUUCACCUUUAUUUUCAUUUCAGCCAUGGUCCUGCACUUACGGCCCAGGGCCCUUAACUUAUUACCUCAGUUGUAUUUAAAACAAAAUCAGCCAUUUAAUGGGCAUAAUUGCAACCCUGUACCUGAACUUUUAGUGGUCGUGUUAGUGGAAAACAACAUGCUUGAUAUCAAAUCCUUUCUCUUGCGCAGUGCAUUGCUGUAAUUCAGUUUAUUGUUUCACACAACACAAAAGCAGAAGUGUUUUGGAACUUCAGCAGCAUAAUGGUGCACAUUUCAAGAUUCUUGCAAAGAAUGCAGUAUCCUUGUGUGCUAACUUUCUGCCACAUAGAGUAGCAUAAGGUAGUAAUGUGCCAACCUUCUGAACUUGACUAACAGUACCAUUGUGGGAUUUUAUUCCCAUAUGAGGUGUUUCAUGUUUCAAUCCCAAAUUUUAAAGCUCAUUUGAAGCACAGUUUGGAUCAUCCAGCUUUUACAGGGUCAUUGUAACCUUACUAUUGGCCACUGGAUAAUUCAGAACUUCAUAACCUUUUUGUGGUGGAAAUUAAGAGAAGUCCCAGUGCUGAGGGAGGGGUGGCAGGAAAAUUGAAACGUUUCUUAGAGCCAAAGUUUGUCUAAGCUAAAAUAGUGUUCUAUUGUAUAAUUUAUAAAUUUAAAUUAAUUCUGCACAUAGCCAAGCAUCCAUGACUAUGCAACUUGAGUUGUCACGGAACACAGUUUAAAUUUGCUGAAGGACAAUCGUGUAAAAAUAAAUGUUAAUUUAAUUCUACAGAUAAGCCAUUUUUGGUCUUCUAAUUUUUUUAAACAAAAGAUAACUUGGUAAAUUAAAACGUGAGGGCUUGCUUACCCUUUAUGCACAUUUUGUAAUCCAAUUUGCAAGUCAUUUUGUUCAUUGUCAGCAUGAGGAGAAAUGGCAUUGUUUACUUUUAAUGUGUAAUGAGGAUGUUAAUUCUAAGAUAUUAGACUAUAAUCUACUAGGCUUUAGUAUUAUUCGUAUUAUCCUUCUGCGUGCUCCACUCUGCAGUUUUUGAAUAUUUUCAACAUCAGAAUACUUAUGCAUUUGGUAGUGUGAAACAAUACAGACAUGUCUGCACAAAAUAAUCGUGGUUCCGUGAGCAUGCUUUAAGCUCUUCCAAAGGUACCAUGCGUGAUGAGCUUUACAAAUUGAAUUCAACUGUUAAAUGUUUGGGUGUUGAAAUGGGUAUGCGCACAGAAUUUUCUUUCUGUAUUGAAAUUCAGUUGUUUGUGUCUCUACAGUGUAUGUUCGCCGUAUUUUGCUGUAGCUGUAUUUUUUGAAGAAGCUUUGCGACUUUAAAUGUGUGUAAAUGCUUCUUUGUUUUAAUGGUACUACUGCUGAUGAGCUCUUUUUAAAAGAUUUGCAUUGUGUGCCAUUUUGUUCAGUGUUGCAUUUCUGUGAAACUUCCUUCAUUGUGGAAUUUUCGUGUUUUCACAUGGUGAUGCAUAUCUUAACAAAACUGAUCUGAAAGGAUAUUAAUCUUGUAAUUAUUCAUGAGCCAUUUUAUUUCUUGAAGUAAUAAAUGUAGUUGCAUAAUUUGUCCUUGACGUUGGGAGUUUAAAAAAAGAUUCCAUCAUCCUGUCCCGAAUCUAUUCCACGUUCCAUUGAGUGAUUGCUUUGAACGUAGAGUACAUUCAAAGUGGGGAAAGGGUGUACUGCUGAUCUUGAGGCAUUAAUUCCAUAUUUCAUAUUUUAAAUUCAUUUUGAUCCACUAUUUUUCAAAAGAUGUUGGAUACAGCUUUAGUUGUGCUAUGCCUUUUGGUGGUUUCAUCACCAUGAGACGGCAGUUAUUACCCAAUGUGCUGCUAUACCUUUCAGUUCUUAAAAAAAAAACUUAAACUCCAUUAGUUGAAAUAAUGUUUGUAUAUUAGUUAAGAUUGCUUUGUUUAAAAAGCCUAUUCCUUUUAUUAAAGAAUUACAGAAGCUAGCAGGAUAGGUUGUAUGGUCUGAAAAGACAAUACAGUUACUGUAAAGUACAACCUCUUAAAGCUAUUCUUGUUCUAGGUUUAAUAGUUUUUCAUUUUAAUUUGCUAUAAUUCAUGUAUUAUGGCUAUCAUAAGGAAUAAAGUUUUUUUUUGUUUCAAAUAAAGUCUGUGUGGAGCUGAGGAAGUAGAUGUACAUAGUAUAGAAUUCCAUGGCCUAAUGUGACUGAUUUCAUGUAAUUACAAAGUGCAAUUCUUAGAGAUUUGUGUUAUGUUGUUUUAAAUAGCCAUGAAGACUGGAGAUGUGUAGUUGCUAUGGAUAUUGACAUAGAGGGAUGUUACAAAUGUGAAAAGCCUUAGUAACUGCAUACCUAUGAAUUAAUUAAUGGCAUUAGAGCUAAAAAUCCCUUUUCUUUGAGAAGGCCCUAUUGUAACAAUGAAAUUACCAUUUCUUUAACUAUGGGUUCUAUUUGGAUUAUAUCUAACAGACACUUUUCUAAGCAUUGCUUUAAAAUUGCUUAAAAAAGUACUGUUUGUAACAAUUUAAUUUUAUGAGAAAUUUAUCUAAAAUGUGUGCUGAGCAGUGGGAAGUGUCUACAGCUUACCAUAGGUAAAUGCUAAUAUUAUGAGGGGUGAGGGGAAGAUGUUUCAAGCUGCCCAAUGAUUUUGCAACAUUGAUGUAUCUUUACAAACUGCAGCUAAUUUUGCUUAUUUACAACAUACUAUAUAUUGAUCAUCAGUGCCUGAUUUACCGUAGGGAAGCUAUGGUU